UAUUAUUGCUAAGCCUAUAUCCUAUGAGCUCUCUUUAUUUGCAACGAAGGUGGGAGGUUGCGACACCGUCUAUAUCAAGGGAGACUAUUCCCGUUUCCGCCGCCAGAGGGAGCAUACAACAGUGACAAGUGAUUUUACUGGGGAUGGUGUACGUGUCGGAAGGCCAAGUCCUUGAUUCAAGGUCGCCAUGGCGACUAUCAGUCAUCCCAGAAAUGUUCUGGGGAUUUAUCAAUUUCAUUUUACUGUUCUUCCAGACCAUGUAUGAUCCCAACAAGACCAAGUAUGGGAGUAGUCACACUUCUGACUACAGACCUGGAGGCCCUCCUGGCCCAGGUCCACGCAGAAGGAUGGGAGGAUUCAGGGCCGGACCAGGGGCGCCAAGUCCUCCACCGAUGGGAGGGGGAGGAUGAGGAAGGUAAACGCCCUGUGACCACCGCCACUGCAGUGAGCAAGCUGGUGGAAGAUGUCGCUGGGCCUCACCUUCACAUGGCCUGUCUCAAGCAUGUUUUGUACAUAACAUCCCUGGCAUAACUAGGACUUUUAACACUUCAGUGGAUCCAGUAAAUUAAUUUGUAUGUGUGUAAAUUUGAAACAAAGGGAGUGAAGAAUUACUUAUUUUUAAGCAUUGAUUUACGUUUGUUCUGAACAUCCAUUUGACAGGCCAAGCCAUCUGGUAUAACAGCGGUUGUUAUUGUAAAAGCAACAUUAUGAUGCGUUUUCUUGAAACUCAGCUGGGUUGGAAAAUGUUGAUGUUGCUGUUAGCUAGAGGUUUCAUUUUGUACAUAGCUCAUCAGUCAGUAAAUUGAGGGAAAAAAUGAAAAAAAAUAUUACAUCUUUCUUUUAUUCAUAUGUUUCAUAUCAUGCUUUUGUCAUUUGCCAAGGCAACAACUUGUACAUACUCUGUUGUUUUGUACAUAAUCAUGAAGCCACAUGGUUCAUCCUUGAGGGAGUUUAUUUAUUCUGUAACAAAAGGGGUUUGAUAUGGUCAACAUUCUGUCAGGCAAUUUGAGAAUCUAGUAAAUGUAUGAAUGAUUAGAAUGAUCUACAGUUUGGACUUGUGGAAGUUUAUAAUUGGUGUCUACUUUUCUUUUUUGUGAUUUUACUUGUCAAAAAGAGUUUUGUGAAAAUGUAUGCAUUUGCAUUUAGGCCUAGUCAUUCAGUAAUGUUGAAAGUAUCAAAAGUGGGCUAGGUAUUCUGUUUAGGUGAUAUAUAACAUGUGAUACACAUACCAUCAUUACAGAUAAUUCUUUUCAUCUUGUUGAGGAAUACCUUAAUCUUCAGCUAUGAUUUAGCAAAAUCAAUUAAAUUUUAUACCCAUAGAUUUUUAAGUCUACACCCUGGAAACAGCUGUUAAGAAUUCUUCGGGACUUGCAAUUAGUUUGAUUCAUUAACAGUAUUUUAUCUUUAGUGGUUUAGAAAUUAUAAGUUUUCAUGAGAAAAAGUCAUAAAAAGGAAGUCAAUGAUAUGUGAUAUGUUUUGUGAGUAAAGACUAUUUAAACUAUGGAACAAAAAUUGAAUCAGCUUGUGUGCAAUGAGUUGCAACUGUGUAACAUGUGAAAUAAAAUCUAAGACUUUUA